AGCAGGCGGUCAGACAGGACUGACGCUGUGAGAGGAAGAGAACGAUCUGGGGUUUGAGGCAGCGGGAACGGGUGAGGCUUCCGAUGGGACCCAGAAGAAAGGCCCACCUGAGGAAACCCUCCUAGGAUAGAAGGAGAAGAACAGAACAGAACAGAAAGAUAGUGGCAGGGGCGAGAGAGAAAGAGAGCGAGAAAACAGGUUGAUAGGAAGUGGAUGUCAAGAACUUCCUCUUCACAGCGGCGAUCCCAAUAAAGACCAAGAGAAGAAGACCCCCCUACGACCCCUCAGAAGAGGCUUUUCCCGGGGGAAGCCGUCCGUCCUUCGAGCCUCCCCAUCUGCGAUGGCUUCGCUGGGGAUCCAGAUGCUGGCCAGCGCCCUGGCCCUGAUGGGCUGGGCGGGCGCCAUCCUCGGCUGCGUCAUGCCCCUGUGGCGGGUCACGGCCUUCGUGGGGUCCACCAUCGUCACCUCGCAGACCAUCUGGGAGGGCAUCUGGAUGAGCUGCGUGUGCCAGAGCACGGGCCAGAUCUCCUGCAAGCCGUACCAGUCCAUGCUGGCGCUGAGCUCCGACCUGCAGGCCGCGCGGACGCUGACCGUGCUCGCCAUCCUCACGGGCGCCGCGGGCCUCCUGCUGGCCUUCAUCGGCGGCAAGUGCACGCGCUUCCUGGACGACGCGCCGGGCCGGAGCAAGGUGAUGGUGGUGCUGGCGGCGGGCGGCGUGCUCAUCGCCGCGGGACUGCUGCUCCUGAUCCCCUCGUCGUGGACGGCCGCCUCGGUGGUCAGCAAGUUCUACAGCGCCAGCAACGACGCCCAGCGCCGGGAGAUGGGGGCGUCGCUGUACAUCUGCUGGGCGGCGUCCGUCAUGCUGAUCCUGGGCGGGGCGCUGCUCAUCGGCUCCUCCUGCCCGCUCCGCCCCCCGGACGACGACAAGAGGAGCGGGUCCGCCGUGCGCUACGUGGCGGUGCGCGUGCCCACCGGGUCGGGCCGCACGGCGCCCCGGACCCCCGUGUCUCCGCCCGCACUGCAGGGGUCGGCCAAGCUGCCGUGGGGGGAGGGGUCGGCGAGGUCGGAGGGCAGCAAGGCCCUGUCCACCAAGUCUCAGCUGGAGAGACCCGGGUCCACCAGGUCUGAGCAGAGCAGUGCCCUGUCCACCAAGUCGCAGCUGAAGCGAGCCGCCGCCGCCGCCGACGCUUCGCUGGAGUCGGUGAAGACCGAGGGCAGCGAGGACGCUCGGGCCAAUGCGGUCAAAUCAUACUUAUAGGAGCGCGACCCCCCCCCACCCCCACCCCCAUGCUGCGCCCUGAGCCCACCGCCUCCAUGCGGCUCCUCCACAAACACUGCACUGUGUAGCAAUAUAGCAUGGACUCACCAUUUCACUGUUAACCUGCACUAUUUGACUUUUCAUUGCAGUGACAUGGUUUGAGAACAUAUGCCUGGCUAUGUUUAGCAAUGGGUGAUGAGAUGCUUUAGACAUGAAGGAUUUGUUCAAAACCUUUUUGAAAAAUGUUUGAUAUGUUGAAGAUGUGUAAGUACAUCUUCAAAGCUCUGGUGAAGAUGUUUAUUUGUGAUUGUUAUGAUGUAAAUGUUUAUUCUUAAUUAAUGAAGACGAUGAAGUUAACGUGCACUCAGAUUUUAGGGAAACAUUCAAUGUUUUAGUAUGUUGUAUCCCAUUUAUAGAUUAGAUAGAUUUAUACAUAUCCUUUUUCACCUUAACUGAAAGUAAUGUUUUUUUCGUGGAAACAAUGGAAGGUUUGAAAUAGGAGCUCACUAUCUGACAAUGCUCUCAUGCUUUUACAAACCACAUGGUAAACUGGUUUGACAGAAAGUGAGCUUUCACGAGGCCGGGCAAUACAGAGAGGCCUUGGAUGACAUUAGGUUUCACUGCAGGGCGCUCUGGCUGUCCGCAUUGGAACAUUUUUGCAUAUUCAAAUAUGGUGUUUCGAUGCAAAGAAGAACUUUUAUGCUGAGCAAAAUGCACAUUUAGUUAUUAUUGAUAUAUUACAUAUGAGUUUUGAUAUUGUAUUUGUGUACGAGACAACUGCCCGCUUAUCCUUUUAAAACCAAGUUUAAUUGUUGUACAUUUACAAUCUUCAAUCUAAAAUAAACAUUUCUUAUGGUAGUUCCUUCUGAGAGGACAUUCAUAUCAGGUAAUUAGGUCUCCAGAAUAGCAACUCAUGGGCUUGGAGAUUUACUUUCUGUAAACGAUAAGACAGCUUGAGUGAUGUUUUUGUUUUUAUUUUUGAUUUAUUAUGAAUAUAUUAACAAUGCUCAGAUGGACAGCACAAAGGAAGUUUCAAAGGCUUAAGUAAAUUAUCCUAUGACUACAAUAUAGCGAUUUAUUAUUUCGCAUUCCCAUCUCCUCACCAUUUUGAUCGUUUUCAUAAAUGUCAAUUAUGUAGACGACCCCAUGUGUUUAAGCUUCAGUUUUGUGUUAACUUUGUCAGUUAUUAUCCUGGGGGGGGGGGGGG